AUGAGAGAAAGAGAUAUUGGAAGAAAAUAUGUAAGUGGCGCAGAAAAGGAGAGAAAACGCAAAGCUCAAGAAGAAUUUAUUAAUAGUCAAAAAGGAUCCAUGCAUAAAUUUCUGAAAAGAGAUAAUAUUAAUACAGAAGAAAACAAGCCUACUCAAGAAACAUCUGAUACACAUUUGCAAAAUGAUGAACUUCUAAAAUAUACAGAUAACAAUAAUGAUACUCGAAAGGAAGAAAAAAUAUUAACUGAAUACAUAGAUGAAUAUCAAAAACUUGAAGAUAUAGGCACAUGGCCAGUAAAUCUCACGGUAGCUGAAAAAAAUUUUGUAAUGGAAAAAGUACCCCGUAAAAUUUGUUUGAAUUAUUUUCCAAAAGAUCAUAAAAAUAGAAACUUUUCGGAAGUAUAUUACACAAGGAAAAUGAGCAAUGGUGAGCUAAUUGAUAGACAAUGGUUAGUGUAUUCAAAGGAGAAAAAUGCUAUCUUUUGUUUUCCCUGCAAAUUAUUUAAAAGUGGAUCAGGCCAGCUUGAAACACAUGGAUUUAAUGAUUGGCAGCAUACAUCUGAGAAACUAAAACGACACGAAGUAUCCAAAACACACUUUAAAGCAAUGGAUACAUGGACUGAAGCUCGUUUUAGAGCUAUAAAUCAUUCUAAUGUUGUUCAUUUGUCUGAAAAACUUUAUAUUAAGGAAAAACAGAAAUGGAGAAAUAUUUUGGAAAAACUAAUAGCCAUUAUUCAAUAUCUAGCCGAACAUAAUAUGACAUUAAGAGGUUCAUCUGAUUUGCUGAAUACACCAAAUAAUGGGAAUUUUUUAGGCCUUGUAGAACUUAUGGCUCGGUAUGAUUCUAUCCUAAUGGAACAUGUAAGUUAUGUUAAAGAAGCAAGACAUGGAGUUACCUAUUUAAGCAAAGAUAUACAAAACGAACUUAUAUCUCUGAUGGGUAAUCGAAUCAGAAAUACUCUGAUCGAUCGAAUAAAAGCUGCUAAGUAUUUUUCUGUUAUUUUGGAUUGCACCCCAGAUACUUCUCACGAGGAGCAACUUUCCUGCAUCAUACGAUAUAUUUAUAUACACAAUAGUGAAAUACAAAUAUGUGAAAGUUUUACUAGGUUUUUGGUGGUUAAAGAUACUAGCGGAUUAGGAUUGGCUACAACUCUAAAACAACAUCUGAAUGACUGUGGACUUGAUUUUACAAACUGCAGGGGACAAGGAUAUGAUAAUGGAGCAAACAUGAAAGGAUUCAAAUCCGGUGUGCAAGCCCAACUUUUACGAGAGAACCGAAAAGCUUUUUUUACACCAUGUGGCUGUCAUAAUUUAAAUCUCGUGUUGGCAGAUAUUGCUAACGUUUCUCCGAAGGCUGUUACAUUUUUUGAUGUAAUUCAACGACUUUACACAUUUUUGUCAGCUUCUAACUAUAGAUAUGAUAUAGCCAAGAAACGUUUAAAGCUUACACCAAAAACACUAUCUGAUACUCGAUGGGAAUACCGCGUAGAAAGUGUAAAAGCUGUACGGUUCCAAAUCAAAGAGUUUGUACAAAUAUUUGAAGAAAUUUUAACCGAACCUAAAGAUGCGAAAACUUAUAGCGAAGCUACUUCUUUGUUGAAAGAAAUUCAAUCUUUUCCAUUCAUAUUAUCAACUAUUAUAUGGUAUGAAUUACUUGUAAAAGUUAACAGAGUAAGUAAAAUACUUCAGCAAAAUGAUAUGUAA